AUCAUGAGGACUGAGGUUGUUCUCCGGCUGGGCUUCUGUGGCCUGUGUCUGACUCUGGCACUUCUCGGUGAAGGAAUGGCAGCGGAGCUUCCUGAGCCACCAGCUGUGGAUUGUGCGUGGAGCCGCUGGUCAGAAUGGAGUGCUUGUGAUCCCUGCACAAAAACCAGAAGACGUUCCCGAGGUAUAGAAGUGUUUGGCCAGUUUAAAGGUAGCGCCUGUCAUGGAUCACUUGGGGAGAGGGAGAGUUGUACACCCACGAGUGAAUGUCUGCUGCCAAAGUAUCCUGUGUGCUCAAACACAGAAUUCCAGUGCGAGUCAGGUUAUUGCAUUAAAAAGAGAUUGGCGUGCAAUGGGGACUACGACUGCGAAGACGGAUCAGAUGAGGACUGCGAUCCGACGAACAAGCCGUGUGGUACAAAAGUCCUGGAUACCAAUGAGCAAAGCAGGACAGCAGGAUACGGAAUCAACAUCUUGGGUGCAGAUCCUCGAAUGAACCCCUUCAACAAUGACUUCUUCAAUGGAGGAUGUAACCAUCAGUCAAAUCCAAACACACUUCGGAAUGACAGGCUUCCCUGGAAUGUCGGUGUUCUCAACUAUGAGACUCUAGUGGAGGAAACCGUCUCCAGAGAGAUUUAUGAGGACACACACAGCCUUCUGAGGGAAAUGCUGAGAGAGAUGACCGUCAAGCUUGAUGCUGGACUGUCCUUCAAAUUCAGCCCAAGUGAGGAUACCAUGUCCCAAAACCCAGUGAAUGUGAAUGUCGGUCUGAGCAAAAAGUAUGAGAAGAAAACCAUGAUCAAGGAGAUGUCCGAGUACACCACCAUUAAGAACAAGAGCUUCAUGCGAGUGAAGGGCAGAUUACAGCUGAGCACCUACAGGCUGCGCUCUCGUAACCUCCAGGUGGCUGAUGAAUUCCUGGAGCACAUCAAGUCUCUGCCUUUGGCAUAUGAGAGGGGCAUUUACUUUGCCUUCCUGGAAGAUUACGGAACCCACUACACUAAAAACGGGAAGACCGGUGGUGAAUAUGAGUUGAUCUAUGUUCUCAACCAGGACACCAUCAAAGCAAAAAAUCUGACGGAGAGAAAGAUUCAAGAGUGCGUCAAAUUAGGCAUCACAGUAGACGUUGUCGGAAUAGCAAAAGGGAACUUGAACCCUGAGGACUGUGAUGAUGUCAAGACAACACAAGAAGAUAAUAUUCACGGAAAGGCCAUGGUGGACGAGGUGAUGACGUCAGUUAAAGGAGGCUCUCUGGAAAGUGCUGUCGCUAUGAGAGCCAAGCUGAAUCGAGACGGGGUGAUGGACAUCGCAACCUAUCAAACCUGGGCACGGAGCAUCACUGACGCCCCGGCACUUAUCAGCAGUGAGCCUGAACCCAUAUACAUGUUAAUUCCACUGGACAUGCCUGAUGCCAACACCAGGAUAGCCAACCUGAAGCAGGCCACGUCCGAUUACGUGGCCGAGUACAACGUGUGUAAGUGCAAGCCGUGUCACAACGGAGGCUCGCUCACUCUGCUCAAUGGGAGGUGCAUGUGUCUGUGCCCUCACCUGUUUGAAGGCAUGGCCUGCCAGAAUUUCAAGGGCGAUAAAUCUAAACACCAGUCUACAAGACCAGAUGUUGAUCAGGAGGGUAACUGGACAUGCUGGUCCGCCUGGUCCAACUGCAGCGGAGGGAAACGCACAAGAUCACGCAGUUGCAACACAGACGGACUGAGUGGGGCCGAGUGCAGGGGCGACACCAGCGGUGAAGAGUUCUGCUGAGGAGGGACACACACGUGCAAACUCACAAAGAUUUGAACUCAUGAGGAUGUUUUUUUUUUUGUCUUUGAGAGCUUAGGAGAACAGUACCAUCUGGAGGUUGAUAACAGACAAUGCAGUUCAUAUAAUUGUUUUUUUUUUAUCAUUAUUUGUUGAUAUGAUAUUAGUUUAUCUUUGUAAUUUUAAAAAACAAGUCGAAGUACAAUGUACGAGUUGUUAAUACAGUGUGUACAACAGGCCUUCUGUUAUUUAUUAGUAGAAAUGACACAAAUCUAACACGUGUUGAUUGUAACGUGUGUCCUUUUCAUGUUUGUUUGUGACAACUCGAAACAAUAAAUCCAAUGAAACUGUUCUCA